AUGCCGCUGGAGGGGCUUGCGUUUCUCUUGAACCUGAAUGCGGCAGGAAGGAGGAAGCAAUUAUUAAGCUGUAGACAUUGGCAGGGAGAGAGGCCUCAGAUGGAUUUCAACUCCAAACCUCAUUCGCCGUCCAGGCUGCUCAUUACCUAAGGCCUGGAUCCCAGGCUGACGGUGGAUCCGAGGGUCGGGAAAAUCAACAAAUUGCUGCCUUUGCUUUAUGUCUAGAGCCAGGCCGAGGCCAGGUAUGAGUGA